AUGAUGGCACUCUUGCAGAUGAUGAGCCACCAGAGGCGUGCGAAUGAGAGUGCUUCAACGGUGCGCGCUAAGGAGUUUGUAGCCACCACCACCAACGCCAGGAAAACGGUGCCACACCGCAAAACUGUACUGGUGGGACUACUGCUGAGUGAAGUGCAAGCAUAUCAACUUUCGUGCCGAUACUUUCCGCCAAUGUGCCUCCUUCAGGAUUGGAACCCGGCCGCAGAAGGGUUCCGGGUGUUAAACAAUGUACCAACUGGCAUCAGCAAGCUUAGAAUUUCAAAUCUGCUAAGCUUCGCAAUCGACGAACAGUUCAUGCUGGCCGUUGGUCGUUCAUUGCAGGGCAUUGAGAUAGAAAGGUCCAGCCAUCUGCAAUCGUUGAUAGUACCCCACAACUCCAGCAUUGAAAAUAUCUUCAUAGAAGCUUCACAACUUAGCAGCAUGUAUUUUGAGGAAAACGACGCACUUCAAUCCUUGAUCAUCUCGGGAAGCAACUUGCACGGUGUACCGCAUUCGAUGAAUAAUUUGACCAAUUUAAGCGUAUUCAUCAUCCGCGGUGCUAACAUAACGACGAUCGAUUUAAGUUUGUUUUUUUCAAUGCAACAAUUGCGCGAACUAACGUUCGAUGCAUCGAACAGUGUCAACUACUCAAUUAUCCGUAUUCUUCCCUCCAUUAGCGCAGCGGUAACAAUGCUUACGUUGCAACGCAACCAUUUCGAAACAAUUCAUUUUGAUCUGUUCGAACCGUUUCGAAUGUUGGAGCAGCUGGAUGUUUCAUGGAACAAUCUUACCACCAUAACGGGAUGCAUUGCGAACCCUCGGCUGAAAAACUUAAAACUGAACCAUAACUAUUUUACCUCGUUGACGUUCUGCGAAUGGAAGCAGUUGAGUAGCUUCCGCUGGCUAAUGGUUAGCCACAAUCAGUUGCAGCACGUUCCAAGGUGUCUCACUGCAUUUCCAAACAUGACGUCGAUCAGUCUGGAUAGCAAUUGCAUACGCCAUGUCGAAAUGCAGGAUUUUGUUGGAUUAAACAGGCUGGAAAACGUCGAUUUGGGAGAAAAUAAAUUACUGUCGUUAAAGUUCGGUAACGAUGUAGUGAUACCAAAGUUAAAAAACUUGCUGUUGUACAACAGUUGCAUAUGUGAGUUGAACGCUUCGGACAUCAAUAUGGAAAGGAUGCCAAAGCUGAAAGGUCAUUUUAUCGUGUUUGAGAUUUAUCCAUGUGUCGUUUGUUAA